UUGGACAAAAGUAUCAAUAGCUUUGUACCGUUGCAGCGACGUUGUUUAGUAUGUAAUUGUUUUUGUUACUCAUCCAGCUUUAUUUUUUCAAUACAAAAUUCGUUGAAAAUGGACACAAAUAAUGUAUCAUUCACUAAGGAAAUGCGUUUAGCUACAAGAGAAAUCCACAACAUUAGUGAUGCACUGGUUAAUGCUAAAUUGGCAUUUGCUCUUUAUGAUAAUAGCGUGUGGGCAGAAGGUUUACUGAUAUUCUACGAAAUUUUCAAGUUCCUAGAGCAAAAUGUUAGUCAUGAAUAUCUCCCAGAAGAAUUCCAUCGAACGCACCAGUUCGAACUGGAUCUGCAGUUUUAUUUAGGUAAUAGCUGGAACCAAAAUUACCAACCACGGAAGGAAGUUCGGAGUUAUUUAGAACAUUUGACCAAGAUACAGCGGGAAAAGCCCAUUUUGCUAGUGGCUUAUGUCUAUCACCUCUACAUGGGUCUAUUAUCCGGAGGGCAAAUUCUACAGAAACGGAAAAAUAUUUCUCGAAAGCUAAACCCUUUUGCCGGUAAAGGUAGCACCGAAGGUGCUGCAUUAACUACAUUCGAGGGGCACAGUAUACAUCAGUUGAAAAAAACUAUGAGGAAACUUAUUGAUGAGCUUGGGGAUCGAUUGGACGAUGAAACCCGACAGCAGAUGGUGGUCGAGAGUAGAAAAGUUUUUGACUUGAAUAACGGCGUUAUUCGUACCGUUAGUGGUGUAAAUCGGGCUAAUGUCAAAAUAGUUAUUUUCGUGCUUAUGGUCAUACUGGCUUAUUUUGCCUUGAGGAUCGUGUUUUAAUGUAUGAUACGGAUGGAGCCGUUUUGCAUGUAGACAUAGUGCUUUUAAGAUAAUAGACUGUAAAACAACUA